AUGUGGGGAAAGAAUUAUACUCGGACAUCCACAGUCGACUCUGUUUGGUUUCAAAAUAGAAGAGCAAAGUUCCGAAAACAAGAACGUCUAGCACAACAAAAGUCUUCAAGUAUCAACUCAGACAGUCCCAACCCUACCACGAAUAUCAAGGCAGAGAACAACAACAGUACAAAAAACUCUGUUAGUAGUAAUAAAGACAAUGUUAAACCUGGAUCACCUCACUCUAGCAUAUCGACAACUCCAAAUUCUAAUACGAGUAGUAUAUCCAGUCUACAUUCUAAUAAUAGUGAUAUCAAACCGGUCAAUGGAAUUUCUGGCAAGCAAUCGGAAGACUUGAUCUCUAAUAAUAACAAAUGGUCUUCCAUGAGCCCGCAAUCAUGCAACACCGCCCUUUUAGUUCAACAAGCCAACAAGGUUUUGUCCCAACCUAGCCAUCUUCAAUCCCACCACGGAUCACAUGCAGCCGCAGCAGCAGCCGCAGCGCUGUCUUCACCUUUUACUUCCCUGUUGGGGGCGACAGGAGGUGCUGCUUCUUAUCUACUGGGUGAUCAUUUAAAACCAGCCACAGCAAAUCAUCUGUUCUAA